UUAUGUCAAUGGAAUUUCUAUUAACUGCCAAAACUCUUCUGUCUCUCUCUUCUUUGUCUUCUACCGUCAUCCGCAUAAUUUCUUCUAGCAUACUCAAUUUACACUGUUCAUUAGCAUUUUGAAAUAACGGCUUAAUUUGCAUAUUCUCCAUAACGAAAACUAUUUAUAGCAAGCAAAAGACAAGUGGUUUUUGCUACAUUAAUAAAUUAAAAUUUAUUAUAAAACUGUCAACUAAAGGCGUCAGUUAUUGUGGUUAUCGAGUAUAUAAUAUAUUGUGCCCACCAACAGAUAUUGAAUAGACAGACAGAUUGUCAGGCAGUUUUGCUGACCGAUACUGACGAGAAAGCACAUGAUAGUAUGUGUGUGUGUGAAUAAAAAAUUCUGUGUGUUUGGAAAUAUUAUAUUAUAUGUAAAUGUAUGUAUGCAUAUUUCGCCAUUUCUAACAUUAAUUAUAAACAUGAUUGACAUACUAUCAGAGACAAAAGUUAUUGUUUGCCAUACAUCGACAUUCGCGAAAGCGAUUCCAUUCACGCAAUUUCCACUGCCUGUUUUACUCAUACAUACCCAUAUGAAAAAUGUUUACAUGUAUAUGGUUUCAUAUUCACCGCUCCUACUCGAACUUGCACAUUCCAAGCUUAGCUCGGGCACUAAUCAUCCUUCUUUGUCGCCAUUUAUUAUGCAGAAGCAAAUUCUAAAGCUCAGCCACAACUCAGGCUUUGGCAAAAUUCGUUGAAUAAUAAUAAAAUGUUUUUUUUUCCAAACUCUUCGUUUUAUUUUAAUUUUUUUUUGCAUGAGCGAUUUUGAAACCUGUCUUUUUUUUCCUACAAUAUAGUAUUUUUUUAUUUAUCGACACGCUUAGGACUUUUUAGUUUUUAAUUUCAUUUCUGCCCAUUGCAUAUUUGUUAAGAUGCUAAAUAGAAUAGAAUUUACUUUAAAUUUAUAUUAUAUAUAAUAUAAUAUUUAGCCGAGCUGGUUUUUCCAUAUUUAUAGCGUGGAUAACAUAUUUGACAAUCGGUAUAUUCUUUAAGCUUCCGAAGGUAUGAUAAAUUUUUCUUUUGACAUAGAGCGAUAAAUUAUCUAAUGAUGAUUUAAAUUUUUGAUAUUUUUUCUAUUGGUCUCUUAUCUCAAGUCAACGUUACCAGAAGAAUAUUUUCUUAGAAAGAGUUCGCUACAGUUCUACCAAAACCAGCUGAAUAAUGUGUAUUCCAUAACUGGAAGGAAAAACAUUUAAGUCUAUCGGUGAUCAAUCGCGCUUAUUGUUCGAGUGAAACUCGAUCGUAAAAUAAAGAAACAAAAUUAUUGGUUUGUUGCAUCCCCAAAGGGAACGCAUUAUCUCUCUAGUUACUCAGCACACUUCUUCAGCGCCUAUGUAAAUAUGCAGGUUCGGCAUGAAACACUGCAGAACACAAGAGACUAUGCUUCGCAAUAGAAAUGUUAUCUACAAAUAAUAUACAAAAUUUAAAGCAUUUCGUCUGUCGAGGUACUAUUCGUGUAUAAUAAACUGUUCUAAAUUCUAACAUAAAAAUUUAGUAAUUAAUACGAAUGAUGGUCUCUCCUGACGUAGGCUUGUGAAAAUUGCAUCUAAUGAAAACUUGUUUAUGGUUUUUGGUAACACUGAUUCUAUCUUGCCACAUUGCCUCCGCGAUUAAACUUCCUUUUCUUAUUUUUUCUUUAUUAUCUUUUAGUAAUAAAUCUCGGUCGUUUAGUAACCUUGUCUAGAUAUGAAAUGCUGAUUAAAAAUCAUGUUUCGUUAUUUAUAUGUAUUGAUAACCCACCGAAACUCAGUCUCACCUAGAAACAACACAAUCAACAUGUUUACGCACGCACCCCCUUUCAUAUACAUACACAUACAUAUACACUAUUUAAUAUUUUAAAAUAGGUAGCUGAAUCAAGUGCCGUACUGUUCCACUUAAUAUGUAUUUUUGUUUUUGUUUUCUUACAAUUAGCGAUAGCGUUUACUUAAACAACGGUAUGUACGAGUUUUUGUUUUUAACAAUGAGAUCAUUCGCCCUAAUAAAGCUCACGGCUGGAUGUGCGUGACUGACGUGAUCGGGAAUUGUUUGAUUGGUUUGCUUUAAUCAGCACAGAAUGGUUUGGUCGGUAAUCAGAACCUGUUAUUGUUAAUUUUUAUAUCCUGAACAGAGUGUCUCUAUAUUUACCCGAACUAGAGCCUUGGGUUUUGAGAUAGCGAUCUGAAAUUUUUCACAUUUCCUUUUCCUCCCUGCUCAUUUGUCGGAAUCGUCGAUAUCGGAGCACCAGCUGCCAUACAAACUGACCAAUCAAAAUCAAGCUCUUGUACAGAAAUUUUAUUUAUAUAACUAGAUGUCUUCAAGAAAUUCUGCAUAUAUUAUUGUCCAAGACAGCACUAAAAUCUCCGGACAAGUUGUUCUGAUCGGACCCAUAUAGCAUAUAACUGCCAUACAAACUGACCGAUCAAAAACAAGAUAAAAGAAAUAUAUAUAAUAAGAAAUGCAUCUCUUGUAAGAGGGGUAUAUAUUAUGGCUUCGGUAAAGUAGAAGAUAACGUUUUUUCUUGUUUAUAAAACAAAAACGAUACAAAAACGAUACAAAAAUUUGACGAAUUAUGUCUGAAUCGCUUUUUAAUCGAAUAACAGUCGACUAAAAUGUUAAGAUAAAAUUGCCUUCAAAGUUAAUGUAAAUUAAAUUAUAAAUUUAACAAAAUAAUUAAAACAGUUUGAAAACAAUAACACAUUUUUAACGAAAAUUUUAUUUUCCUUAAAUGUUAAGUCAUGUUAUUUUUUUGGUCGAGUUGCUUCUCCUUUUUGUUGCAAUGUCUUAAUAUUCUUCGAAAAUAUGAAGAGCACUUGAUUCAUUGCAGAAAUAAGCUUGGAACUUAAUCAUUGUGUACCAAGAGGGGCCUUUCUACAGAAAAGCAGUGUUUUUUUGUUGGUCUAGAGCUGAGAUCGAACCACAGAGUGGUAAUAUUGUAGCCCAGUUAAAGUUUCGUGAGAUUUCACCUUUAAGACCCAUCAAACCUCCCUGAGCUUUUCAGCAACAUUUUGAAAAGUUGUAUGCACUUUGUUGUAUAUAAUUAUUAUCAUUAAUGCAUAUACCUUACUAAACUUAUGUAUGCGUAUAUUUAGUAAAGUGAGAGAGUAAAUAAAAAUGGUUUGUCGCCUACCACCUUUGUUCUCAAGCGUCAAAAGCGAUUUCUCGAAGUGCUGAACAAAUUAAUUUAUAGUAAAAACAAAUAAUCGAUUUUGUCUCAAUCGAAUUGAUUUUAGUUGAGUAGAUGGUCUAUUUGAAUUUUUCAUUGGCUUCUAUUGAUGUAUAUGUAUAUACUUACAUAUAUAUAAGCUCAUUGCAUUUAACAUGUAUGCACACAUGAAUGUUCAAGUCCACCACUAUAUAUGUGACGCGACUUGCAAUGUCAGCAUGUUUUACAAGCUCGAAUUAUGUUGCGGUCGUUUACCAUAUACGGGCUCGCUUUUUUUGAAAAUAUAUACGUUUAUGUGUGUGGUUAUUCCAAUAUGGACUGCCGAAAAAGGUGUAGUCGACACAAAUCAUUUUGGUGAAAAAAAAAAUUAAGAGAAAUGCUAGAGUUCGCAAAGUAUGAAAAAGCAUAAUUGGCUAAGCCGACACCAUAUUUGGACAGCAUACUAAUAUACAUAUAUUAUAUAUUCAUAUACAUACAUACGUAUGUGCACUUACAACCUAUUUGGAGCAGUUGUGAUUCAUUUGAGGCAGAAGAGAAGAUUGUGAUCAAUCGAAUCUAAAUAUAAAUUAUACACAGCAGAGCGGACUGGUUGUAGAGUACAGUUAAAGGGUAAUAAAUAUACUUAGAUAGAUACUAUAUACUUGCACAGAUGUAUUUGCACUACCUCUGGGUGUGCCCCAAUAUGUGCUUUGCACAAUGUAAGCGAAAAUACAGCAACAAUCGCCAAUCUUAUCACAUUGAUAAGCGCAAUUUCCAAUGAUAAUGAUACAAGAAAUAGCAGUGAACAAAUUCUCGGUACUCGCCAUUUUAGUACACCAAUUAAUUGCGAAAAUUGUUUUAAAUUAUUGUACUUAAGUGCACAUACUAGUAAUUUUCUUGCCUCACAAGUGAUCUGCACAUCGAAUUCAUAGGAUCGUUAUUAACAUUUAAUUAGCGAAAAAUGUAUCAAAAUAAGAUUAACUCAAAAUACAGCGAAGAGUUGGCUCAAGAAUGUCUAGAAUGGAUCAAGAUUGUUACUGACGAACCAAUCAACACAGCCGGUGACAUGGAUAACUUCUUUGAAGUGUUGAAAGAUGGCGUUUUAUUGUGCAAAUUGGCCAACUCAUUGCAGCCGGGCUCAAUCAAGAAAGUCAACGAAAGCAAAAUGGCCUUCAAGUGCAUGGAGAAUAUUUCCGCUUUCCUGGCCUGUGCUAAAAACUUUGGCGUACCCACACAGGAGACCUUCCAGAGUGUUGAUCUUUGGGAACGACAAAACUUGAACUCUGUAGUCAUAUGCCUGCAAUCCUUAGGCCGUAAGGCACAUAACUUCGGCAAGCCAUCAAUUGGUCCCAAAGAAGCCGAUAAGAAUGUGCGCAACUUCUCCGAAGAACAAUUGCGUGCCGGUCAAAAUGUCAUCUCAUUGCAGUACGGCUCCAACAAGGGUGCCAAUCAGUCGGGCAUCAAUUUUGGCAACACUCGGCACAUGUAAAUGCUAUUUCUGUUGCACAGUAAAUAGUAUAGCGGGUGUGCGCGUGCGGUCGGUUAAACCAAUUCCAUUGGUACCUACAUGGACGGAUGUGGUUGCACGCAGCGUUAUAUAUUUAGCGGCAUUUUAAUAUUUAAGCAUUCCAUAAGUGUCCAAAUUUAUAAUAAAAAAAGACGCAAAACCCCAACAAACAACAAAUGUAUUCAAAAUUUUGCAUUCCAUUUAUUUUUUUAACUUUAUAAACUUAUAUUGAACGUAUUCUAAGCUCUAUCGUAAACUACAAAGAAGAAUUGUAAACUUUUUUUGUAAAAGAAUUUUUGAUUUUGUAACUUUAAACACUAUACUUAUAUUUAAUAACAAACUUUUUCUGAUUUGUACUAAAUCGGCACUUACAAAUACAGCAUAAAACGGGAAAGUAAUACAUUGUACCAAAGGCACAUGUGUAUGUAUGUAUGUAUGUACGUAACAUAUAAUUGCCUCGUUCGUGCCAUUAAGCAUUUAUAUUAAACAUAUUUAUUCUUCUACAUAAAUAUAUGUACAACAAAGGAAACUCUCUCUGUAAAUCUUUUACACUUAUGCAUAAAACAAGAUAAAUAUAUUUUUCGAAAAAAAAAUUAAAUUAUUUACAAUAAGAACUUUUUGGAAAAAUUGUAUGCCUUUAAAAUGUAAAUCGCAAGAUAGGAACCACCUGUAAAAAAUACUGUAACAAAAGUGUCUUCUCCCAUUUAAUUACCGAUAAACAUAUAUUAGAAAGUAUUUAUGAAUCAUAUACAAUAACACACACAGUUAUACGUAUUAGUAUACUGAUUUGAACUGUUAAUUCAUGUUGAAAUAAAAUUUAUUACAAAUAGUUA